AUGUCGGAACAUAUAGUCAUAUUUCCAACACUACGCCCCACGGGACACCCUCGUCGGUCUGCAUCGCUCCAUCAGCUGGCUGUCUGUCUUUCGAGCAGAUACGAUAAUCAGGGAACAACUGCAGACCUAGAAGAAGCUGUGACGCUCGGUCGCGCAGCUCUGGAUCUCCGUCCACCUGGACAUCCCUAUCGUGCAGCAGCCCUCCACAAUCUUGCUUGUGACUUCAGGAAGCAAUUCCAGAAAGAAGCCGACAUGCACCACUUAGAGGAGGCGAUCGAAUUGCUCCGUGCUGCUUUGGAGCUACGUCCCUCGGGACAUCCUAAUCGGUCUUCAUCGCUCCACGCCCUCGCUCUCUGUCUUUCCGAUAGACAUGACAAUCAGGGGGCAGCUGCCGACUUGGAAGAAGCUGUCACACUCGGACAUGCAGCGCUAGAACUCUGUCCACCGGGGCAUCCCGAUCGUGUUGUAGUUCUUUACAACCUUGCUUGCGAUCUCUUAAAGAAAUUUCGAAAACAAGCCAACAUGCCUGCGACAAGUUCUCUUCAUCGAGCUACGUCGGUGGUCUGUCCAACGGGCAUGGCCGAUGUUGCCUCCUCGCUUUCUGAGCUCUCGUUGCACCUUUGGGACAGGUUUCAGAAGCAGGCGACAACGUCUGACUUGGACGAUGCUAUUUGUCUUGCAACAUAUGCGUUGGAGCUUCGAUUACCACGACGAUCCCACCAUGAUAUCCCUGUAGACAAUCUACGUGACCUUGCGAAUUACCAUCGUGCCAGAUUCCAACGCCAGGACACAUUUGUCGACCUGAACGCGGCCAUCGAGCUGUACCGAAGUGUGCUGCAAUUCCACCCAACUGGGCAUCCUAGUCGUGCUUCCUCUCUCCACGACCUUGCACAGUGUCUAGCAGAUCGGUUUCGUCAACCACUCGCAACAAGUGAUCUGGACGAAGCUAUUGCGCUUGAGCAAGAAGCCCUGCAGCUGCUCAUACCCGGAGAUCCUAGUUACGAUAUGUCCCGGUGCUCUCUUACAGCCUACCUGCAAAUGAAGAUCGGUGCACAAGGU